GAGGAAGCGGACACCGAAAAUAACUGCCCGGUGCUUGGGCCGCUGAAGCAAGAGGGGAGGGGGUCCCUGGGCCGCGCGGCUCCUCUUCUGCCAUGGACGGUGCAGCGCAGGAACAAGACGCGGUGAAGUUCGCGCAGGUGGCCGUUCAGAAGGAUCAAGAAGGGAAAUACCAAGAAGCGGCGUUUUACUACAAGGAAGCUGCACAAGCCUUGAUUUAUGCUGCAAUGGCAGGAUCAACCUUAGAAAAUAUUCCAGGGAAAAUAAGUGAAUAUUUGGAAAGAGUUCAAGCUUUAUAUGCUGCAGUUCAAUUGCAGAAAGUUGAUCCAUUGAAAUCAAAGCAGCAGCUGGACUUGGAGCGUGCCCACUUCCUGGUUACCCAAGCUUUUGAUGAAGAUGAAAAAGGCAACAAAGAGGAAGCCAUAGAGCUGUACACUGAAGCUGUGGAGCUCUGUUUGAAAACAUCUAGUGAAACAUCAGAAACAGUUCUCCAAACAAAACUGAAGCAAUUAGCUCGGCAGGCAUUGGACAGAGCUGAAGCACUGAAAGAUUCAAAGCCAUCUCAGAAAGACAAACCAGCUCCAGUGAAGCAAAGUCAGCCAGUGAGAACUUUUUUUCCAUUGGGACCUGAUUUUUCCUUGAAUGAUAAGCCACAGUCCAUCAGACCUGUUCAUGCUAGUGAACCUCAAGGUCAGCGAUAUACUCUGGAGGAGAUCCAAGUGCUUAGGAAGACAUCAAAAAUAAACAGCAUUGAAUACGUCCCUUUCAUGAGUGUUGAUCUGAGAGAACGUUUUGCUUUUCCAAUACCUUUCUCAGAUAAACGUGGCCCGUUGCCUUUGUCUCCUAAGCAAAAGGCCGUGUUUUCCCGGUGGAUACGGCCAAACGAUAUAACAAAUAAUCCCACUAUGAUCUAUACUGUGUCAAGCUUCAGCAUUAAACAGACAAUUGUAUCAGAUUGUUCCUUUGUUGCUUCACUUGCUAUCAGUGCAGCUUAUGAAAGAAGAUACAACAAAAAAUUGAUUACAAGCAUCAUUUACCCACAGAAUAAAAAAGGAGAACCAGAAUAUAAUCCAUGUGGAAAAUACAUGGUCAAGCUGCACAUCAACGGUGUCCCUAGAAAGGUGGUCAUUGAUGAUCUGUUACCAGUAGAUCACAGUGGAGAACUUCUAUGCUCCUAUUCAAACAACAAAAAUGAGCUCUGGGUAUCAUUGAUAGAAAAAGCUUACAUGAAAGUCAUGGGAGGUUAUGAUUUUCCAGGUUCAAAUUCGAAUAUUGAUCUUCAUGCAUUGACUGGUUGGAUACCUGAGAGGAUUGCCAUGCACUCAGACAAUCAAACAUUUAACAAGGAUAGUUCUUUCAGAAUGCUUUACCAAAGAUUUCACAAGGGAGAUGUGCUUAUUACAACAGCUACAGGAGUGAUGACUGAUGAAGAAGGGGAACGGUGGGGUUUAGUACCAACCCAUGCCUAUGCCGUUUUGGAUAUUAGAGAAUACAAGGGUCUCCGCUUCCUCCAGUUGAAAAAUCCCUGGAGCCACCUACGUUGGAAAGGGAGAUACAGUGAAAAUGAUAUCAAGAGCUGGACUUCUGAACUUCAGAAAUACUUAAACUUUGAUCCCAGAACAGCUCAAAAAAUAGACAAUGGAAUUUUCUGGAUUGCCUGGGAAGAUUUAUGCAAGUAUUAUGAUGUUAUUUAUUUGAGCUGGAAUCCAGGUCUUUUUAAGGAAUCCACCUGCAUUCACAGUACCUGGGAUGCAAAACAGGGUCCUGUGAAAGAUGCUUACAGCCUGGCUAAUAAUCCACAGUACAGGCUGGAGGUUGAGUGCCCACAAGGUGGCGCUGCGGUCUGGGUUCUACUCAGUCGACACAUUACUGACAAGGAUGAUUUUGCACACAACCGGGAAUUCAUCACAAUGGUGGUCUAUAAAACUGAUGGGAAAAAGGUGUACUACCCUGCUGAUCCUCCACCAUACAUUGAUGGAAUUCGAAUCAAUAGCCCCCACUAUCUAACCAAGAUAACGCUCACUUCUCCAGGCACUCAUACAUUUACACUUGUGGUUUCUCAGUAUGAAAAACAGAACACAAUUCAUUACACCCUCAGGGUGUAUUCAGCAUGCAAGUUUACCUUUUCUAAGAUCCCAACACCGUAUACUGUAUCAAAAAGGGUGAAUGGACAGUGGAAAGGUCGCAGCGCUGGAGGGUGUGGAAAUUUUAGAGAUACUUGCAAGAAUAACCCUAUAUACCAGUUUCAAGUAGACAAGACUGGGCCACUCCUGCUUGAACUAAGAGGACCAAGGCAGUACAGUGUUGGACUUGAAGUUGUAACAGUCUCUUCAAUAGGAGAUCCGGGAUCUUUGGGUUUUCAGAAGAAAAAUAGUGGUGAUUACAGGUGUGGCUUUUGCUAUCUGGAAAUUGAGAAUAUACCUCCUGGUACUUACAACAUUAUUACAAGCACUUUCCUCCCACAACAAGAAGGGCCAUUUUUCUUGGAUUUCAAUACUGCUACCCCUCUUAAAAUAUCACAGCUGCAAUGAAGUUACCUGCAAAAACAUUUUUAAUAAAAAUAGCAAACUACAGCUGUCACACUGAAGAACUAUCUAAGAACUUACCUGAGAAAAUGUUUAUAUGAGAUACAUAAAAGGAAUGUGGACUGUCAUAAGAAGAAUUGCACCCUGAAAUUAGAGCAGCCUAAUAUUAUCUUUAUGGUUGCAAAACAAAGUGGAAAACAUGACUUCUGUAAUUUGUGCUGUGGUAAAGUUGAGGCAAGUAAAAAAAAUUGCUCAUGUACUC